AAUUUCCUACAAUGGAGAUGUUAGCAUUCUACUACUUUCUAGCUUUCUUUCUAGCUUUCUUUCUCCUCUCUAAACAACUCUUCCCAAAUAGAAAAAACCUUCCACCAAGCGGCCCUCUCUCCUUUCCCAUCAUCGGCCAUCUUUAUCUACUCAAGAAGCCACUCCACCACAACUUAGCCCGUGUCGCAGCCCAAUACGGCCCCAUCGUACUCCUUAAUUUCGGUUCACGCCGUGUUCUCCAUGUCUCUUCCCCAUCAGCAGCUGAAGAAUGUUUCACAACCAAUGACAUCGUCUUUGCCAACCGCCCUAACUUACUCGUUGGGAAAUACUUGGGUUUCGAUUCCACCAUUCUCUCCCUCGCUUCCUACGGCCAGCAUUGGCGCAAUCUCAGGCGCCUCACCACUCUUGAGAUCUUCUCCUCUACUCGUCUCCAGAUGUUCUCUAAAAUACGUACUAAUGAAGUACGCUCUUUAUUGCGGCGGCUCGUCGUCGCCGAAAACUCUUCUAAGACCGUAGAAAUGAAGUCCACCUUCUUUGAGCUAACCCUCAACAACAUGAUGAUGAUGAUUGCUGGAAAGAGGUAUUAUGGUGAUAAUGGUGGGGACCUGGAUAAGGCAAGACAGUUCCAAGAGCUUGUAGAGGAAAUAUUUGGUGCUGCUGGGGCUUCAAACUUAGUAGAUUUCUUGCCAUUAUUGUGGUGGGUUGGGUUCAAUGGUUUGGAGAAGAAGUUGUUGAGGUUGCAGAGAAAGAGGGACCAAUUUAUGCAGGAAUUGAUUGAAGAGCAUCGGUUGGCGAGGACUCAAUCCAAGGACGACAAGUCUCUGAUCGAUGUUCUAUUGUCAUUGCAAGAAAAUGACCCAAAGUACUACACCGAUGAAAUCAUCAUAGGCAUUAUACAGGUUUUGCUAAAUGCUGGGACAGAUACUACAGCAGGGACCAUGGAAUGGGCAAUGUCACUAUUGUUGAACCAUCCAGAAGUCCUCAAGAAGGCACAAGUUGAGAUCGACACCAUUGUAGGACAAGACCGACUCCUCAAUGAAUCAGAUGUUGCCAAUCUCCCAUAUCUUCACUGCAUCAUAAAUGAGACACUUCGGUUGUACCCUGCCGGUCCACUGCUAAUACCCCAUGAAUCAUCAGAAGAGUGCAUUGUAGGAGGUUUUACCAUCCCACGUGGCACGAUGCUAUUGGUGAACCUGUGGGCCAUCCAUAAGGAUCCCAAGUUAUGGGAAGAACCAACAAAGUUCAGGCCAGAGAGGAUGGAGGGGAUUGGAGGAGUAAGGGAUGGGUACAAGUUGAUGCCAUUUGGAUCAGGGAGGAGGAGUUGCCCUGGGGAAGGUCUGGCCUUGCGUGUGGUUGGAUUGACAUUGGGUUCAUUGAUUCAGUGUUUCGACUGGGAAAGGAUUGAUGAAGAACUGGUCGACAUGACCGAAGGCGCCGGACUCACCUUGCCUAAAGCUAAGCCCUUGGAGGCUAAGUGCAAGCCACGUCCGGCCAUGUUGAGUUUCCUUUCUCAGCUUUGAUUCAUCCACAAGAAUGCAUUG